CUUACCCCCAGAUUGAGUCACUGGGGUUGAGCAUUGUAAUGUUAGCGCCAACUAGGAAGCAGAGAGUAACUGGUAUCAGCCCUGCAUUUAAGAAGAGGAGGGUCAGUGGUAAUGAGAUAGUAGGACAGGAACAUGUACCGGAGGCUGUAGUCAGCACCGAGGUAUGCGAAUUGGAGGUGGUUGAUGUGAUGCGCUUCUAUUUUGACGACGCUGAGGAAGGUGUCCCUCCGGCCUACGUUCAUCAAUCCUUUGACGAGACAGAGUCGUUUGUGUGGCUAAAGUCCCUCACGCCCUUAGUUAUCCGUAUCGAUGUCGAUACCCGAGACCUGAGCGUUGGGAUCAAUUUCGAACAUCCUAAAAUGCCUAAUGACAAGCUUAUGAAGGCGGCUUACAAGCGCCAUUGUGAUACUCUUCUUGCACGCAUGCACACGGCUCGCUUCUCGCCGUUAACACUAAAGCCUUUCUACGGCGGUUGCAAGGCCUUCCGACUGGGGAUGAACGGCAAAGACAAUAGCCUACUGAAGAAACUGAAGGCCAUCCCACGUCCAACGGCGUAUGCCUCGGCCCUGCCAUCAACACUAGAGCUCGUUACUGUAGCAGUGAAGCACUUCUCAACGCUAGGGAAAGGGCUCCCAUUGCAGAUACCGGAGUCUCUGUAUGAGUUCUGGCGUCGAGUUGAAUGGCUCAUGCUUUGGUUCAUUGACGCCAGUGGCACCAUAGACUUGCCCUCUGCUACGGAUGGAGAUCGGGAGGAGUGUGGUAUCGGCGGCAGAUGGACAUUAUACCUCUUACGCGAUGCCUUAACGCAUCGGAUAAAGACCUGUGCAUCUGUAUAUAGUUUCCCGUUGCUUGUUGAGGAUGGUAAGAGGCGUAUAAGAGUUGCUCAGUUCCUAACCAUGCCGAGCGAACAGAAAAAGGGCUAUGGUGGGAUACUGUACCAUCAUAUUGCGACAGCAGCUAUGGCGACUGACAACCUCGACGAGAUUACAUUCGAAGACCCAAGUCUGGGCAUGCAGAGCCUGAGGCAGGUCGUUACUCUGGCUCUGUGCUUUAAAGCCUUCCCAGACCUCCUACCUGAGAAUAGGCGUCGGGAUCCUAUGAUCAUCGCGGCGGUCCUCAAGAUUCCUAUGAGCCUUGCUAGACGUAUUGCUGAACUUGAAUGGUUUGCUGUGAAGCAUUAUCCAUCCGCUUGCUCGCCCAGCAUCGACAGUCUGUGUAGGAAGGAGUCGAAGGCUUUAGGUGCGGAGAGGUUAGCAUACAAGCAGAGGCAGAGGAAAUACUGUGCACCUGACGACUCUGAUUUCCCUGAGGACUUCAUAGAGCUGGGGGCUUCUCAACAAAAAGCAAUCGUGAAGGAGAUCCUCCAAGCAUACCCACGGCGCUUGGAUGAUGAUGAUGGUGACCAGAAGGACAAGCUCGAAGGAGCUGUUUGCCAUUCGCUCAAAACUAGCAAGUAUUCGGCAAGAUUCAUGUUUCGUGCUAGGAGCAUUCGGCCACGGCUUGCCUUUACGCCGGACCGUAUUAACGUUGAACGCCCUCUGUUGAAGAGUGAGAUCAAGGGCAACGAAAUCGACCAGGCUUGUGGAAAAAGUCAUUUCAACCAUAAAAAGGUGACAAUUGACGGGCUGUACGAAGUCAUUAGGCUUGCGGAAACGCCUAUAGAGUACGGCACGUGCAUGGUGACGCUGAAUCGGUAUUAUAAUCUUGGAGUAGAUUUGAGAGACCCCGUGCUCACUACUAAGUUGUUGGCUUGCGCCAUUAGGCUGAAGCGGAAGGAUGAGGCUGUAGAGCUCACUAAGGCAUGGCAAAAGUGGCUGCGAUAUCCCCCUAAUCCGAAACUGCUGCAUGCAUUGAUGAUCGGCCUUAACGCCUUAAAUGAUGCUCAUGCAACCCGCGACAUUUUGGGGGCUAUACGUUCGAAUUGGGCUAUGGAUGUUAGCAGUAUACCGUACGAGAUGGCCAUCGAAGCCUUCUGUGCAUCGGGACAAUCGGACGAGGUUGCCUUGCUCUGGACUGAUGCAGUGGACACUAUGGGUAUAGUAUUGCCCUGUGAAGCCCAUGUCAAUGUCAUGGUGUGUGCUCUAAUGAAUGGGGACGUUGAGCUUGCUAAGGAAGUUGAGCGUAAAGGGCUCCCACAAGGAGGUAUGCGCCCACGACCAGCGAGAUGCUUGGCGGCACAAGCCUGGCUGAAGUUCGUAGUGGGAGAUGCGGCUUGGCUACGUCAAGCGGAAGAGGCUAUGAAAGAGGCCAGGAGGAUAGGUACUCUUGGAAAUCAGCCAAUAUUCCAUCCUGGUUUUGUCAAGUCUCUAUUGAAUGCUGGUGCCGAGGGGAACGAAAACGCUGCGAAAUUUAGUGUGAAAGCGGAGACAGUACUUGGCCGCUUUUAUACUGGCACAACUUCUACGGCCUGA